AUGGCGUCGGUUAAGAAUUUCUACAACCAGGUAAAGGGUUUGAAGGUGAAGGAAUUGCCGGCACACGUCAAGCCCAUGCUGUCGAUUGAUUACUUGAAGAAUUCGGUGAAGCGGGGAACGUCGCCACCUCGAACACCAGCAGCACGCCAAGGAACAGGGUGGCCAUUGAUUUGGUGUAUUUUUAGCUUCAGCAGAAUCUAUUUUGCUCUGCAACUGCUGCUCAGGGAAGUCAUCAAGGGACAGGUAAACAAGAUAAAAAGGACGGCAUUUCCUGAGAGAGUCCUAUCAGCAACUUUUGCUGAUUUCCCUGGCCCGAAAUUAAAAUGGGAGAUGGCAACAGCACCCGUGCCUCGUCUUGACGGUGCAGCAAUUCAAAUAAAAGAUCUUCUAUAG